CAGAUGACAACAAAAUGGAGGGAAUUUCGUCUGAACAUUUCCAAAAUAACGAGAACUAAAUGUAACUCAACAAUUACACAGUAUACGGACUAAAUAUGGAUGAAAGACACUGGUGGUUUGCUACAAAGCUGCAAGAAACUUUUCAUGUCGGGCCCUAUGACAGCCCUACGAUGCUCGAGGAUUUUAUGGCAGAGCAAACCACUCUUGACUACAUUAAUGACUUUUUGGCUCCAGAAGGGCAUACGAAGCUGUUUUUCUACUGCCCUAAAGCAGAUCCGAAUAGUCUUUUGCCUAGAAAGAUGAAUAUAGCUAGCUCGUGUGCAAAGCUUAAGGAAGUCAUGGAUGGAGAGGCGAUCUGUUUGUAUUUCAUUCGUUCUAAUUUGGAGCGCGUCAUCGACCCUACGUGCGUGGAGAAGGAGGUGUUUUGUGGCGAGAUCAAAGAGAAUCCUUUGGUUCAUUUUAGUUCGUUGCUCUCUGAGAUAUUUUCUCCGAUUCUGCACGCACAGAAAGAUUGGGGUCAUUCUUCUGAGGAAGAAGUUUCGCACUUUUUAAACCAGUUAGACAAGUACACAAACACUUUGAGUGAGUAUGCUACUGCUACAAUUGCACCUCAGCAGAUUUUAAAAAAACCAGAGUCGCAAGUCACGUCUGACUUUAAACAGAACAGAGCAGCUGCAGUGAAUCCUUCCAUUUUGCUGGAGUAUGAGAAUCUUGUUUUGGAUUGGAUUGCGACCAUUGAAAAUAUACUCACUGAUGGACUGGAAGAAAGAUUUGAUCCUUUUGCUGGCCCACUCAGUGAGAUGGAUAAGUGGAAACGCAGACAGAAAGUUCUCACAAGCGUCACCGACCAGCUAAAGAGCAAAGAAUGCAAAGGAGUGAUUGCUAUUCUAAUUACAGCUAAAUCCAAAGUACUAAAACGAUGGAAGGCUAUUGAUGCCAGCAUUACUGAUGCCUUCAAUGAGACUAAAGAUAAAGUGAAGUACUUGGAGUCACUACGUAAGUACUUUGAUCAACUAAAUGUGGGUAACUCACUGGUCAACAUCUGUGGCCAUACUCUUCCUGGACUGAUGGCAAGUGUGAGACAAAUGGAUGCAAUUUCACGAUACUAUGCCAGAAAUGGAUAUCUUGGGCUGCUGUUUUCUAAGAUCACCAAUCAGCUUGUGCUAGCUGCAAGAGAUUACAUAGAAUCCAGCACUACAAUCUUGGAAGAAGACAAACUUUGGACAAAGGUUCAAGAAGAAAUAGACUCCUCCUCAAGCCAUUCAGCUCACCUAACAAAAUCGAAGGGUAAAAGAAAGGCAAACAAAGAGAUCUUGUUUGGCAGUGAUGAUGGGUUUCUUUCACGGCUUAAUGUUUGUCUCUCCAUGCAUAAACAGUACCGUGAUAUGAUCAGGAGUUUAAGGGAGGGCCUUGGUGGGUCUCACUCUCUUUCUAUGACACCCAGUGUCCUGCAGCCUGGUGGUGCAAAACGGUCUGUGAUCACUAACAGUAAUUCAAACUUGAUGUCACCAAUUGCUGCUGGCAGCCCCAUCAGGCUCUCAUUUUCUCAAAGCACAAAAAUGAAGGGAGACCAUGAGAGCAUAACCAGUCAUGGAAGCAGUGGCAUUGCCUUUACUGAUGAAGAAUCAAUCAUAGCACACUUGGAUAAUUUUUGUAACCACAUCCGCAGUAUGAUUGAUGUCAUUCACACUUUGUCGCAGUUCUCUAAACUUGCCAAUGAAGUGCAGAACUUGCCUCGUGUCACCGGGGAUGUUAUAACAAACAGUCAUGAUGUGGAAGAUGAUCAGGUCACUAGUGAGAUGUACUUCAAGACAGAUGCUGGUGGACUCAGGCCUGCUGGAGCAGCCGCUUCCAUAGGAAGUGGCUCUGACCACAGCUAUCCAGGUUCCCAUGGUAGCAACAAACCAGAUGUGCUAAAGAGCAUGCUAGAGAGCUUAGAUGAAGAGGAAGAGGAAGUGAAAGAAGUAUAUAAUUCAGGCACUGAGUUUCAGAGCAUUUCCCAAAUUCUGCUGGAUACGAUCCAUUCUAUAAGAUCUCCAAUGGAGGGUGUUGUUACAACAGAGACCUUCCUUGAUGUGGAAGGCAAAGGCAAAGAAAGAUUUGAAGAACAGUAUACAUCUUUUGUUGCUGGUGUACAACAAAUGGAGAGCUACAUUUGUAAUUAUCUCAAGGGUGUCUUUGAAUUGAAGUUGAACAUCAAGAGGGCUCUUGAAAUUCUGACAAGUUUUAACUGUGUGAUGAACAGACCUGGUCUCAGAGCUGUGUUGUCAGAAAAAUUCCUUGAAGUGUUUGGCUGGUUUGAAACAGAAUUGGAAAAUGUACAGAAAAUCUAUGAGAGCCAAAAGGAGAGCCCUCCUCUUGUUCGCAACUCUCCACUUGUUGCUGGAGCAAUAACCUGGUCAAGAGGCUUGCUAAAGAAGAUUGAAGAUCCUAUGAAGAUCUUUAAAGAAAACAAAUUUGUGACAUCUUAUAGGGACUUUGGUCGUAUCGUCAAGUUUUACAAUCGCAUUGCUACAGCUUUAGUAAAGUUUGAGAACUUAUGGCUGAGCCUGUGGAAGUCCCGUAUUGACAGCGCGUGCAGUGGACUAAAAAUUUCCCUUCUUGCAUUUCACCCUGAAACAAAACAGCUAGUGGUGAAUGCUGACGGAAGGCUUCUUGAACUAAUUCAGGAGAGCAAAUCAUUGAUGAGGAUGGGGAUUCAACUUCCUGAAAGUGCCCUAGACGUCCUUAAACAGGAGCAUCGACUCAAGUCAUACAAGCAAUCACUAGAGCUAGUUCUACAGGAUUACUACAAGGUUUGUCAGAAUGUACCCUCGGCCCUGUACAAGUUGCUUACACCACACAUGGAAUCUGUCUUGCACUACCUACAGCCGGGUGUGUCCACCCUUAACUGGAGCAGCAUGAAUAUCGAUGCUUACCUACAUCAGGUGCAUUCUGCCAAUUCUAGGCUCAAAGAAGUUGUGGACAGUGUUAAAGAAGUAGUGUCUGAAGGCAUAGAGAGAAAGAUUGAGGAAAUCCGAAGGGUGAUUCUCUUUGAUAAAAAGUUGGCUACUGCUCAUGUUUGGAAUGUGGAAAAGUUUGUGGAAGAAGAAAACAAAGCAGUGACUCAGCAGGGGAAGAGAUUACAUGAAAUGGUUAAGGAAGUAGAGAAUGCGCUGCAGGAAGUCGUUGCCACUGCAAAUCAAAGGCGAAUCUCUUCUCCUGCCAGUCCUCAAAUCAGUCCUAGCCCAAGCAUGAGUCUUGGUUUGGACAGAACUGGUGCAAUGACACCUCGAUUUACCAGGAUUGGCACCAUCAUGUCUUCAGCGCCAGGAACGCGAGCUGCAACUGCUGUCAGUGGCUUAACUGACGAGUCAGUCAUCGGUGAUAUCUUUGGUCAUUAUUGCAGUUUGGUUUAUCAAGCCGUACUGGAGAGUAUAGUCUCUUCCUUGCUGAUCAUUGGUGAUUGUGUAAAACCUCCUGGGCGCAAAAAGAGUGGAAUUGAAGUGGAGAGCAGAAAAAUAUCAGGAUCUUCUUGGGAUGACUCAUCAGACAACGGGUCUGAAAACAGUGAUUAUGCUGAGUCUGUGAGUUCUCAGUAUUCUGAGUGGAGCACGACUAACCAAGAAGAGCUGCUUCAGUUUGAGGUCAAUGUGCAAUUCAACAUUCCAGACAUCGUCAUAAAGCCGUCUCUUCAGACGAUCCAAGAUGGCGUUCAACGUGUUGCCGUACAUUUGGUUGAUGUCUCUAGGACGAUCAUGUGGUGGGCAGCAGAUGUCAAUGAGUCUUUUCAUCGAUCAGUUGCACAAGAUCAUCAAGUGAAUAAAACAUUAGAAGAGCUCUCUACUUCAGUCACAAGCCUCCAACAAACAGUGGAAAGGCAGCUGUUUAAUUUCCGUCGUUACGACUUCCUAUGGAAGGAUGACAUGCAUGCACUGUACCAGGUGUUUGUCGACAAUGAUCCCGGAACUACCAUGUUUAAGCUGGAGGUAGAGAGACUUCAGGCGAUAGAGCAUGAUGUGGUGGAGAUUCCUGACAGACUUAUGGUGGGCUCAGUAUGUUUGAACACCUCGCCUAUCAAGGACUCCUUACAUGGAUUUGCAGUGGCGUGGAAAAUGAGAUAUUCUACUCAGCUGCACGAAGAAGCUAAGAUUGAAUUGGACAAGAUAGUUACGCACCGUAACAGCAUCUAUGAGCGACUUUCACAGCCUGUUGUCACUUUAGAUGAACUCAACAGUGCCUUUCAACUUCUCCAAGAACUGGGAGACAUGGAGAACACUAUUGAUGACAUUUACCUACCUGUGGAGAACAUGUAUGGAAAGCUGAGAGAGUACAACCUGUGUCUUCCACGAAUAGAAGUACAAGAAGUGGACAAUCUACGGGAUGAAUGGGUCAAACUGAUAGAGCUUGCCGAAAAGGUCAGAGACGAGUUAUUAGUUCAAAAGCGUGGGAUGUUUGAACAGGAACUAGACAAAGAAGUCAAGGCGUUUGUUGUGAAUGUGAUUCAGUUCCGGAACAGCUUUGACUCUCAAGGUCCAGGAGUACCGGGUGUGAGACCAGCUGAAGCUGUGAUGAGAUUACAAGACUUUCAACAACACUAUACUCAGUUUGAAGCCAAGCGAAAGACACUAGAUUCUGUUCAAAUGCUGUUCGGAAUUGUUCCUACACCUUUUGCAGAACUGGACAAAACCGGAGAGGAACUCGAACUUCUUGGUUUGCUGUACGGUCUGUUUCAACAGUUCAUCUCGUUUGAUCAAAGGUUUAGGGAUACCCUGUGGUCAGAGGUGGAUCUGGUUGUCGCAAAUCAGGAGAUGGAGCAUUAUUGGCAAGAGUGCCUUCGUUUGCCUCAGAGAAUACAAGAGUGGGAUGCCUACAAAGAAAUGAGAGAUGCCAUAAAACAUUACCUGGAUGUCUUCCCUACGUUGCACAAACUUAAUUCAAAAGAGAUUCGUAAUCGCCAUUGGCUACAGGUGAUGAGUGUUACAGGUUCGUCUUUCCAGCUCGAAGCGCACAUCUUCAAACUUGUUCACUUGUUGGAUAUUGGAUUACUUCAACACCAGGCGGCAAUAGAGGAAAUAUGCCGAUGUGCUAGUAGAGAGCUGGAGUUGGAAGCCAAAAUGAGAAGUACUGAGGAGGAGUGGACGGAACAGGUCCUUACCUUCGAAAAUUUCAAGAACAGAGGCUUGGUGUGUCUGAGCCAUAGUAACACUGAACAUCUGUUAGACCUGUUGGAAGAUGCGCAAGCCACUCUUGCUCUAAUGCUGACAUCACGUCACAUCGGACCACUUCGUGACGAGGCUGCAGCAUGGGCCAUCAAGUUAAAAGAAAUCAGUGAGGUCCUAGAGCAGUGGUUGACUGUACAAGAUUUGUGGCAACAUCUCGAGGAGGUCUUCAGUCAUGGCGGAACAGCUAAGGACCUUCCACAAGAGUAUAAUCGGUUUGCAAGAGUAGACAAGAGCUACAUGAAGAUGAUGAAAAGAGCGUAUGAAACAAGAAAUGUUUUACAGGCUCUAGUAUGCAUCUUCAACAGUGUACGUGACGUGAUGUUAACUCAACAAGAACCAGAAACAGUGGCUCAGAAGAAGAGCUCUAUCAUAAGUUCAUUGCGGAGUAGGAGUGGCAGGGAGGAUCUAAUCUCGCCACUUCCUUUUGCUGAUACAUUUGGGAGUCGUUUCAGGAAGAUUUCUGACAUUGUUGUCCAAGCUUCGAAAGAAUCAGUUCCGGGAGUACGGAAGCCAAGCAUUUUGACCUCGACCCUAGAAGUGCGAAACGCUGAACCCGAUUGGCAUAGUCAUCUUCCCAAUAAUCUCGCUGUAGCUGUAACCUCAGAGCAGGGAGAAACUCUGGAACUUAUCACAAAGGUUCCCCUUGUCUCCAGUGUUGACGUGUGGUUGGCUGCGUUGUUGAGGAGUAUCACUGAAUCUCUGCGAUCCUCCAUCGUAGAUUGUAUUCAGGAUAUUGACUCAGGACUUAGUCUAGAAGAGUGGAUUUUCAAGUAUCCUUCACAGACCUGUAGAUUAGGACUGCUUUACAUCUGGACAAGGGAAUGUGAGGCUGGAAUCGGAGAUAUUCGUAUUGACCGUAAAGCAAUGCCCAACGCCUCUCGUCGGUUUUGGUCACUUAUCAGCAAGCUGCCAAACCUCCUGGCCAGGGGUUCUUGGAAACACACUGACUCUCCCAUGACUUCCUAUCAUAAACUGCGACUGGAGACCUUGGUCUCGCAAGGAAUGUACUUAAGAGAUGUUCUCGAAGACCUCGGUAGGCGCAAGCUUAGAGAUGUAGUGGACUUUGAAUGGAAGAGAAAUAUCAGGUUCUAUGGAACAGACAAUAGCAGAGCACCUGGGAGGUCACCUUCACUUACAUUAUUGCCUUCACUGGAAGGAGCCGUUAGUCGUGCUGCCAGUUCGGAACCUCCCAAGAUUACAGCUGGUGUUCAGGAGCAUGAGGAUCUUUAUAUUCACAUGUUGGACGCUCAGCUAUCUUAUGGCUUUGAAUUCUACGGCUGCGAUGUUUCCCUCGCCCUUACUCCCAUAACAGAGAGGUGCUUUCUGAGUUUGACACAGGCCGUAUGGAAUGUCUUUGGGGGUUCGCUUGUUGGACCAACAGGAACAGGAAAAACUGAGACAGUAAAGGGUCUAGCAUCUUUGCUUGGUCGUUAUCUGGUCUCACAGAGUUGUUCUCCAAAGAUGUCUUCAACAGCGAUAGGAAAGAUUAUUGUAGGUCUGGCAGAGGAAGGUUGCUGGGGUCUGAUGGAUGAGUUCCAUAAAAUAAACAUGGAGUGUCUUUCAGUUAUGCUGUUUGAGAUCCAAGCUGUGCUACUCGCUUUGAGAGGUGGACUUUCUACCUGCACUUUGGAGGAUGGAAAGGAUGUCACUGUUAAACCCAACUUUUCCAUUUUCCUCACCAUUUGUUCCAAUGGACACAAUUAUGAAUUCCCGCCUGAGGUCCGUGCUUUGUUCCGUUCUGUUGCCAUGGUGAUGCCAGACACAUCUCUGAUACUGAGGGCUCACUGCGCAGGGCAGGGUUUUAAGUCCCCCAAGAUUUUAGCGGAUCGUCUCAAGCUUGUCGCAGAUGUCUGCAAGGAGCAACUAAGUGGAAAGAGUCACCACAACUUCAGCCUGUCGUCUUUUGUGGGCGUCAUACAACAUGCUGGCAACAGGAAAAGCUCUCAGGGACCUCUGGGAAGCAAACUUAAUGCCGUGCAAGCUGAUUUGGCGAGACCCUCCAGUACGCAGUCAGUAGCCACACAGUUUGGAGCUGGAAAGGACAGAGGAAGCCAGUUUGGUCAGAAAGACAAAAAGCCUACUACUCCAUCCGCUUUAACUUCUGCUGCCAGACUAGAGCAUUCGUUCGUUUUACAAUCACUGCAAGAUUGUAUUGGUCCAAGAUUAUCACCCGAGGAACUUAACGUAUUUAACAUGGUUCUACGUGAUGUUUUCUAUGGUCUUCCUAAACCUCCUGCCCCAGCAUUCCACAUAACCAAAGUGGUUCAAGAUUUCGAGACAGUUCUCCUGGCGCACACACGGGAGAAAGGUUUUGUCCCUCAUCAGCCUUGGAUUGCAAAGAUACAUCAACUGUGGACUCUCUCCAAAGUUCACCGAGGAAUCAUUGUCGCCGGACCUCCCGGUACUGGCAAAUCCUCCUGUAUCUCAGGACUGGUGGAGACCCUCAGUGAAUGUUCACUGACAAAACACAAGAACACAGGUUCACAGAUGCAUACACACAAGUUACAGAGAAUAAAUCCAUUAGCCGUGUCUGAUCCAGCUCUGAUGUUUGGUAAAGUGAACUCAUCUUCAGAUUUUGAGGAUGGCAUCUUCACUGCUUACUUCAGGAAGGCCAACAAGGACCAUAGUGUGCAUAAGAUGACGACCUGGCUAUGCUUAGACGCUCCUUUGCAUCAAGGAUGGGCUGAGUUUCUGAGCAGCGCGUUGGAUAAAGGAGAGUAUCUGAACUUAUUGAACGGUGAAAGGCUAUAUCUAUCAGAAUAUGUCAAACUGAUUUUUGAGACAGAUGAUCUGACAGACGCUUCACCUUCCACUGUCUCCAGAUGUGGUGUGGUCUACAUGGAUGAGACUGUGUUGGGCUGGAGACCUUUGGCUGAAGCCUGGCUGGCAAACAGAUCUCCCCAAGAAAGCCAUUGUCUGCAACGAGCAUUUAACAAGACCGUUGAUGUCAUCUCGCAGUUUGUUCACUAUGAAGCAAGACCAUUCAUGAAAGUUUGCGAGGUGGGGCUGUUUAACACGUGUCUCGCACUGUUAAAGGCAUUGAUCGAGGGCAACACUGACAUUGGUGGCGAGCUUCAUAUUGAGAGGUUGUACUUGUUCUCGCUUAUUUGGUCAUUUGGUGGCCUUUUGGAUGAACAAGACAGGAAGAAGUUCAGCGAGCUGUUACUGUCCCUGACAACUGCCUUGCCAGAUUAUGAUCAAGAAAUCUCCGUGUUUGAUUAUUAUGUUGAUGAAUCUGGAGAGUGGGACCCGUGGCAGUCAAGAGUUCCAGAAGUAAGCUAUUUUGAUGCAGCAGAUCUCCUCGGAGAGGUAUUCGUGGACACAGUUGACACAAUCCGUACACGUCAGUUCAUGGAGUUGGCCAGCGCUUCUGGCAGAAACAUUUUGCUGACAGGUCCUGCAGGAUGUGGAAAAACAUCACUGAUCAGCGACUUCCUUGACAAGCAAGAGGACAAGAACCAAAUUGUAAAACGCUAUGUAUAUUCAGGAACCUCGGGAGCUGCUUCAUUACAGCAUUUUAUUGAACAUAACAUUUACCAUAGACAAGGAUUCGUGUAUGGUGCCAAGAAAGGAAAAAUACUCAACAUGUUUAUAGAUGAUCUUAGCCUUCCUCAGCGAGAUCAAUAUGGAACUCAGGAGGUCAACGAGUUGUUACGACAAGUUCUCGAUGAAAAAGUCCUGUUCAACACCAAAAAGCCUUUUGACCGUCGUGUUUUAGAGGGUGUCGUCGUUACGGCGGCUAUGAACAUGCAGUCAGAACUGGUCACCAGCGAGCAAAUUCCUGAGAGACUAAAGCGCCAUUUUGCUGUAUUCCGUUUACCGGCUCCGUCAGAAGAGUCGCUCUUCACUAUUGUUACUUCCGUACUGGAGGCUAACAUGGCUCAGAAUCAAGGCAUGGGUUUGCCACAAGAGUUUCACGAGCAGAUAGUGAUGGCGUCGUGUAUGCUGCUCAACAGUUUGCAGGAUGUACUAAGACCUUCGCCAACUCCUGGAAGGUGUCAUUACCUGUUCAAUCUCAGGGAAAUCACGAGGGUGUUUCAGGGGUUAAAAAAUUGUUCAGAGGAGAUGCAGGCUGAUGAGGAAUACGUGGUAUCCCUGUGGCAGCAUGAAGUAACACGAGUGAUUAAGGACCGUAUAUGCCGAUCAUUAGAUAUUAAAUGGUUUGAGAAAACUCUCAAAACAAUUAUUAAAGAGAACUUUCCAGAGCUUCCUGCCAAUUCUCCGUCUCCACUGUUUAUUACUUUUCCUCUGGAUGCAGGACUUUACGCUCAACGCCCUGUGACUCAGGGACGUGUUGCACCAAAGAUCCUUCUUCAAGCCAUAAAUAACAUUGAAGACGUGUCCGCUUGUUUACAAAGCUAUCUGAAGCGUUACAAUGACGAGUUCAGCGGACUGGAUUUAAUGAUCUCAUCUCAUGUCAUGUUUCAUGUUGUCCGUCUGCAUAGAAUCUUAAGUUAUAAGAACAGAGGGAAUGCAUUGCUGAUUGGGUCGAUAGGGACUCACCUCAACUCCCUUGCAGCUUUAGCAUUGUACAUGCUGGAGUAUCCCAUUCACCCUGUGGACUGUUCUUAUCCAAACACGUUCCUCGAUGGACUCAGAUCUGCUGUGCGUCAAGCUGGCUGCGAUGGAAAGACCACCACUGUCUUGUUUACUGCACCAGAUUUAAGGGAUGACAUGUAUUUGGACGCGUUAAACAGUUUACUUAUCAGCGGAGAGUAUCCGCCGUUGUUCUCCGUCGAUGAAUUAGACAGCUUGCUGCAGGCUUUGAUGCCAGCCAUCAAGAAGAAAUUCUCCAACUUUUUGGCGGACCCCAUGAAAUUUUUCAUCACUCGUGUGAAGGCCAAUCUUCACAUCAUCCUUUGUCUUCCACCCACUCAUAAGCUGCUUAGAAUUGGCCCAAGUUGUUACCCUGGUAUCCUGUAUGGCUGUCAAAUGGACUUUGUUAAGGACUGGCCUCAGUACGCUUUGGAAGGAGAAGCCAGCCAUUAUCUUAAGAAAUACAACGUGCUUGAUGAUAUUUCUGAACAAACUAGAGACAAAGUGGUUGUGUCCCUAUCCACCAUUCAUGGUCACGUGUUAAGAGAGUGUCACCAGAUCCCCUGGGCCGGGGACGACCAUCUCUUGACCAGAGCCGAGUCUCCUCCAGAAGAACCCAGCGCAAGCGAACCGCGCUCGCUGUCAAUCCUACUGGAGAAGAUUAACUUGAAGCAUCAAGACAACGGAGGAUCCAACAUAAUCGGGGACGUAUUUGUCGGGCCUACCACGUAUAUACAGUUCAUGCACUGCUUUAGACACAUCUUUAGAGACAAGAGAAAGGAGGCAAACGAACGAGUUGAUCAACUCACCCGUGCCGUGGCGACCCUGGAGCUAACACGACAAGAUUCCGUGGUGAUCAAGGACGUGAUUUCAGACACCAAAAAGAAGUUGUCUGUUGCUACGGUCAAAUCAGAUGAGUUGCUGGAAGCCCUCACUGCCAAAGCUACAGCGCUUGAGAAACUUAAAGCUAAACUUGGUAUCGGCAGUGCCACUUUAAGUGCGUUUGUUGCACUCAUUGAUAGCGAGAUUGAAGACGAUGACUUAGCUCUAUUGCAGGAUGAUGAAGCGGACGAGUUAGAUGAAGAGUUUGAGAAACUGAAGAAAACCAACAUAAAGAGCCGCCAAUUGAAGGUACUGGAGGCGAUUUCUCACGCAGAGGACGAAGUAAAGGAAACUAAAGUGGCUUUGAAGAAAUCUGAGGAGCAGGUUAAACACUGGAUGCAUAAGGUUGACAGAUCUUUAUGCGAGCGCCUCAGAGCUUUUCAAAGCCCCCCGCCUAUGGCCGGUAUGGUUAUGGUGAUGGUAAUGGUGUUACUGGGUAGACCGGAGUUUGCUCCGGGUAUCGGAGGAGCGGGAUCCACCCUUCCACCCCCGACUAGGCACGAUCGGAGAGGAGAUCAUAGUUCUUCUCUAGGGACUGGGUCAGAUGAGGCGUCUCGCGCGAGCUCCGCGCCACACAAGAAACGGGGCUUCAAGGAACAAUCUCAGAAGGGAGGAGCACAGGCUCCACUCUUGGGAGUGAAUGCCGAGGGUAAGGUUGACCGCUCGACAUGGAAAGCUAUCCAGCAAAUUAUGAACGACUCGCAGAAGUUUGUCGAAUCUCUACAUCACGUUCCCUGGAAAGAAGGACUACCCGACGACAUCCUCAAGGGUGUUCAGUCCUUUUUGGCCACUUCCAGCGGCGGAGAAGUCUCUGACAGUGACCUGCGCACUGCUGCGCCAGGUGCCAGUGCGAGUACUUACCAGUCUUCCCCCGGUCGAACAAUGAUUACCCCAGAAAAGAAACCACAAGGAAUCACCAUCACAGCAGCUAAAUAUUCAUCAGAGGAUGCUGCGGUUCUCGUGGAGUACACUGUUGCUUUAGUGGAGUACACAAGUCGGUACCAUCCUUACAAAAAGGCUUGCGAUACCUUGGAAGAGCUGAUGACGGAACGCGAAGAGGAUGAGAGACGAGCUGAAAUCGAUCAAUAUGCAGAAAACAAAGAAAAGGAAAAGGUAAACACGCCUGAGCCAGAAGUCGAGCUGACCGAAGCUGACUUGCCAGAUCUCCAAGAAACUGUAACAAAGCUGCAGAAAGAGUAUGAUGAUGCAGUGGUGGUGAAACAUGACCUUAGCAAUGAUGUCAGGUCAUGUAGUGAGAGGCUCAAGGCUGCUACCGACUUAUUGCAUAGCCUGAAAUACAUGGAGCGAGAAUGGAAAGCGUAUGUUGACGAGUACACCUCAUCUGAAAUUCUUCUGUCCAAUUGUAUCGCUGCAGCAGCUUUUCUAACUUACUGUGGUGCAAUGGGAGUCGACAGGAGGAAACGGAUGGGCAAGUUUUUCAUGCAAGUGUGCAGGGAUAAUGGUUUGAAAGUCCAGUAUCAGCAUCUCUUUGAUCGUCAUACCCUUCCAGAGUUCCUAAAGGGAAAGAUUGUUCUGAAGACAUGGGAGAACCUGCAGCUUCCAACAGACCCCAUCUCCAUGGAUACUAUAUGCAUCUUCUCACAGGAAGAGAGUUCGGACUCGUGGGCUUUGUUGUGUGAUCCUCAGAGAAUCGCUAUCACUUGGGUAUUGACCAUGUUAGGACAAUCGACACUCGUCAAGUACAAGGAACUUCGUGGUCAUCUGGAGACAUGUUUAAUGGAGGGCACCACUCUUGUAGUGACUGAUGUGGAUGUGAACGAGUUAGAGUUUGAUAGUCGAUUCUACUUCAUACUCCGAAGUCGCUACAGAUUCCUUACAUCAAGUACACCAUUCAAACUCAUGGUUGGUGAGCAUGAAAUUGAGUGCCAACCAGGUUUCAGGUUGGUAUUAGCUACGACGUUUUCGAGUAAAUCUGUCCCAUCUAGCAUAGCGGCUUAUGUGAAUGUAGUUGAAUUUAGUCAGUCACGAGACGGCUUGGAGGAGAUGUUCCUGGAUAGGUUCCUGAGACUUGAAAAACCACGGAUGCAGGAAACAAGGACACAAGUAGUGGAUGAAAUGGUGACUCUUAUGGAAGGUUUGCGUGAAGCAGAAGAGAACAUUUUAGAAUGUUUAGGAAGUGGACAUCGCCUUCUUUACAAUUUAGCAGCCACCAAGAAACUUGCCUCUAUAAAGAAACAGCACGAGGAGAUUGUUGAAGGCCAAACACGGUCUCGAGGCAUUGAAAACUCUAUUCUACAAUCACGUGAGGGAUAUCGACCAAUCGCUCGCCGAGCAGCAGUGAUGUUUGAUGUUGCCAGGAUCAUGGCUGAGAUCAAUACUUCUUACCAGACCUCUCUCGCCCAGUUUCUGAUGGUGUUUGAUGCUGCUAUAAAACACUCAGAAAGAACUGCUGUAAAAGCAGUGGUGGAGAGGUUAACCCAAAGCGCGUUCUAUACGGCAGCUCGAGCUCUGUUUGAACGAGACAGGCCUCUUUUUUCCUUACUUUGUGCUAUUGAGGUUGAAGACUCGAGUGGUCGUGUGGGCCCUGGUGACCGCGAGUUCUUGAUUCACCCAUCAUUCGGUGCGGCUGUGAAAACCGCGCUUCAACCCAGUGCCGUCUCUGAAGCUGCGUCUCGCACUCUUUCUAAGAAGCCUUUUGAUUGGUUGUUAGACGAGCAGUAUUCUUAUCUUCAGCUUUUAGCAACCCAUUUUGAGUGGUUUCAGGACGCUUUCGAAAAGAUGACAAGAGAUGGACGUGAAACACAAUGGAGGCAAAUUACGGAACAUGAAAAACCUGAGCUGGUUGCCCUUCCAGACGGCCUGGACGAUAAAUUUACUCUGAUUCAGAGGUUCAUGGUGAUCCGAUCCCUCCGUGGAGACCGCUUGAUGCCAGCUGCAACGUGUUUUAUUACGUCUGUUUUGGGAAAGAAAUACACUACGGAAAUGCCACUGGACUUACCGUUUGCGUAUCGUCAGAGCGAGAGUCGCACACCAAUUGUGCUGCUGUAUACCCAAGAAGCCAAUAUGGUGGAAAAGUUGGUUAUUGAAGGAGCGCAAAGGAAACAGGUGGAGUUGCAUGUUCUUGCUCUAGCAAAUGUUGGAAUUGGCGAAGAACGUGCGGCAAGAAAGACGAUCCACAAGGCCAUGGUACAGGGUCACUGGGUUCUUCUUCAUAACGCACACAAUUCACCCCGUCUCCUGGCAGCACUUGACUCGUUCAUGCAGGAGACCAAGACAGUGGACAGCGAGUUUAGACUGUGGGUGUCCGUCCAGCCACACCCAGACAUACCUUCCUCUCUUCUGCAAUCUGCUGUAAAGGUUGUAGCUGACUCACCAAAGAACACAAAAGACAGCUUGCAGCGGUCCCUUCAGUGGGUUGAUAGCGAACUGAUGCGAGUGAGCGUGCGUCCAGAGUGGCCUGCUCUGCUUCAUAAUCUGUGUAUGUUACACAGUUUGGUCCGGUUACGAACAAGGUUUGGCUUGACUGGCUGGAACAAGCCUAUGGACCUCAGGAACGUAGGGACUGCGGAACUUUGGCAAGGGUUGGAUCUGGCUGUACGCGAGUUUCAAGACAAUGCAGAUAUGGCAUGGCAAGGGGCUGGAUCAACGAGGCCUAUCCAGUGGAAUGGAUUACGGUAUAUGUUAACAGAGGUUGUAUACGGCAGAGGUGUGAGUGAUGAAUUUGACCGCCAGGGCUUGAGUGCCAUGAUUGAUUACUGGAUCAGUCCAGCCGCAGUCAAACGGGAAUUUGAAGCUUCAAAGAUCAAGUACAAACUACCAUCAGCUUUAUUCAGUAGCAACGUGAAACUAAACAGCGUGUGGUCAGCGCUUGAGGGGCUUGCUGGUGAAAGUCUUGAAGUUCCCGAAGCAUGUGGCCUACACCCCUCUCCUGAGACUCAGCUGGGAGACGAACAGUACGUUUUCACUCGUUUAAACUACCUACUGGAUCGUAUGGCCUCGUCCGACACGCUCACACACGCUGUUACGGAGCCAUCCACGCUCUUGCCCUCCUCAGGUGUUAUUCAGCAGAGUUCAUCUGCGCACACCACUGGGGCAGGGUCAAUUAGUAUUGCUGGGGCGGGAGUGUUCGCUAGUGCCAGUCUAGUUUCGUUUCGUAGUCGGAAGGAAGUUGAUCUAAACGAAGUAUGCACGACAAUGCUGGCGAAGAUUCCAAAAGUUUGGUCGAAGGAGAGUGUCUACGAACGGAUGAAGAAGACUGGAGGUCCAAACUCCUUUAACCUCUUCGUCAUAGCUGAGAUGGAAUGUAUGCAUAGACUAUUGGCGUGUGUUCGCGAAACUUUAUUGUCAAUCAAGGCUGCUACUGAGGAGAGUCUCUGUGGUGACCGUAUCAGCGAGGAGUUGCUGGACUCUGCUGAUGACAUGUAUCACAUGAGAAUUCCUAGCAAAUGGAGUCAGCUAGGAGGAGAAUCCUCCCCUCCCCCCACGUGGAGUUUAGCCGCCUGGUUUACCGACCUUGGAAACCGGUUUUCGCAUAUUGACCGAAUUAUUGUGCAGGGUCGUGAAAGAGUACCGGCAUAUUGGCUUGGAGCCUUCUUUAACCCACGGCGUUUUCUCUCCAUCAUCAAACAGGAGGCUGUCAGAAACUAUGAAGGAAGAGUUUCAGGAACAGAACCGUUUGUGUAUCAAACAGAAAUCACUGGAAGAGAUAAAGAUCACUUGAGAGAACCACCACUAGACGGAAUGUUCGUGUACGGUAUCUACUUGUGGGGCUGUGCCUGGGAGAAAACCACCGGGGACCUUUUGGACGCUCCUCCAAAGUCAGGCCCAACCCCUCUCCCUGUGGUACACAUUGUUGCUCUUCCUCAGACUGAGAAAGCCUCCUUGAAUGACCCCGUGCGUGCCGCUGUGUCUUACUCGUGCCCAUGCUACUCGUCCAGGAUUUGUCAGCGAGAGCCUGUUAUGCUUUUGGACGUAGAUAACAAAGAUGUUCCUUCCACGCGCUGGCCCCUUAGGGGACUUUCUAGUACAUUGAGACCUUUUUAAGUGCCUUCCGUAGACACUUGAAACUUAUGCACUAAUGGCCUCAUUUGAAGUAGAACCUUUAUGAGUUCUUUAAAUAAUUACUUCCGUUAUAUUCCAGAGGUCGUUUUAUUGUGCUGGUGUAUUCCUCUGGUUCUUUACUCUGCUCAAUUGUUCAUGUGUUGGUGACUGUUACAAACGUUAGCACCAACGAGUUCAUUAACCAAAUUCUAGAAGUCGUUUAUUGUUACGUCAUUUUAAGCAGACAAAUUUGUGUGCCAGAGUGAGAGGUUAAUUAGCAUAACUGAAAAACAGGAACAGUGCAGUUAAAACAAAAUUGAACAUUCAUGCUCAUCAGCAUGAUUCACACUUUGUUCACACCAGAUGUUCCGGAGCGUUCGAUCUGUUUUUUUGUUUUGUUUUUUUUUUUACAUCAAAAGAUUAUUCAUUGCUCUUAAGUCUGAGACCAUAAUUUAUUACUUUGUACUUUGGCGAAAUGUUUAUCAUGGUUAAGUGAAUGUAAUUGAUUUCGAUAGGAUUCUUCUCGCCACUCACUUUUGUACAUAAAAUACAGUAUUUUUGACA